AGGAAAAGGGGAAGGGCCUCCCUCUCCUCCUCUCCAGCUGACAAAAACAGCUGCCCAGGAGCCCGAGCUGGAGCCCGUUUAGAGGACAGAGAGGGAGAAAGGGAGGAGGGAGGACAGAAGACGGAGAGAAGAGAGCGAGAGGAGGAGGAACAAGUCCCUGAGUCCAGGACCCCGUCAACCUAUAUGGGUUGCGUCGUGAGUUCGGACUGGUGUGGGGAGGAAGAGGUGCAACCGGUGCCGGUCAGAAACCCGUCUCUGAAGAGAAGGAGCCUGGAGAGGAGUGAGAGUGGCAGGAUGAGGCUGACGAAGGUGACCUCUGCCUGCAUCCCAGCUCCCUCCAAUGAUCUGCAGCGUAGAGGGACCGCUCCUUCUCGACACACCCAGCACCUGGGGUCCACCAAGUCUCUGACCUAUACCAAACAGAGAAACACCCUGCCAAGGAGCUUCAGUGUGGACCGCGUGAUGGAGAGAGUGAUGGAGCGCCACUAUGACUUCGACCUGACCUACAUCACCGAGAGGAUCAUCUCCGUUUUCUUCCCCCCGAAGCUGGAGGAGCAGAGAUACCGUAUCAACCUGAAGGAGGUGGCUGCCAUGCUCAAGUCCAAACACCAGGACAAGUUUCUGCUCCUGAACCUCUCCGAGAGGCGCCACGACAUCAGCCGACUAAAUCCAAAGGUUCAUGACUUCGGCUGGCCAGACCUCCACGCCCCACCGCUGGAUAAAAUCUGUGCCAUCUGCAAGGCCAUGGAGACGUGGCUGACCUCUGACCCUCAGCACGUGGUGGUCCUGCACUGCAAGAUAUAUCUAUUACUUUGGGGGCCUUCUGUCCGGGGCGAUCAAGAUGAACAGCAGCCCUCUCUUCCUCCACCAAGUUCUCAUCCCGUCACUCCCCAACUUCCAGGGCGAAGGAGGUUACUACCCCUUCUUGAAGAUCUACCAGUCCAUGCAGUUGGUCUACACUUCAGGCAUAUAUGACCUUCAAGGAACUGGAGGCAGGCGCCUGUGUGUGACCAUCGAACCGGCGCUGCUGCUAAAGGGUGACAUCAUGGUCAAAUGCUACCAUAGGCGGGCCCAGGGAGCUGACAGAGACACUGUGUUCAGGUUACAGUUCCACACCUGCACCAUCCACGGAUCCCAGCUCUGGUUUGGCAAAGGGGAGCUGGAUGAAGCUUUUACUGAUGAGCGUUUUCCGUCUGAUGCCACAGUGGAGUUUGUCUUCUCCUCUGGACCUGAGAAAAUCAAAGGGCGUGAGUACCAGAAGAAUGACCCAGCUAUCACAGUCGACUACAACACUGCUGACCCAGUGGUUCGCUGGGAUUCCUAUGAGAACUUUAACCAGCGGUACCAGGACAGCCUGGAGGAUAUUGCUCACACCAGAGGUCCUGUAGAUGGCAGUCUCUACGCUCAGAUAAAGAAGCGCAGAGGUCCAAGCUCUGGUUCUCUCACUUCAACCAAUGGGAGCAACCCGGCGGCUGAAGAUAGGCCAGAUCAUCUCAUCUCUCAAGGUUCUGACUCCGCCCUCUCAGCCCAUUCCAUGCAUUUGAACCAACCAUCUAUCCAUCCCGACCGCCAGGAGGAGCCCAUUCGCCCGCCGCCCCCAACCAGACAGGAGAGAGAGGAGCUAGAACGUCUUCUCGGAGGCAUAGAGGGAAACCGAGAUGGAGAGCGGGAGACCGCCAUCUUGGAUGAUGGAGAUUCUUUGCCUUCUGAGAGAACUGGGACGCUGAGGCUGAGUCGGUCCUGUUCCUGCCGGGAUGGUUACCGGUCCCAGCGCUGUGCCGAGCCUGGCUGCGACCGCACUCUCCUCAUGCCUAAUGGUUACUGCCUCGAUCGGGCUCCUGGCACCAACGGGCACCAUGGGGCGACCCCUUCGGCCAGCCCCAACCCAGCUGCUCCUCCGUCACACAUGGAUCUGUGCCAGCACUACAGCCCCCACUCUCACCAGUCCCUUCCACCUCCCGACCUCGUGUGGGACCGCCAGAGUGGCCCACCGCACUACCUACACCGCUCCUGCUCCGAGGCUCCCUCAUCUCGACACAUCUGCCCAUACCCAUCACCAGACCUUACCCCUCACUCUCACAACCACCCACAUCACCACCCUCUGUCUGGCCCCGGUCGCCUCUACUGUCGGGAAGACGACUACGGCCCCUACCACCACCCUCCUCACAGCCACCACCAUCCUCACCCACACCACCCCAAACCCUCCACCAGCCCUACCUACCAUGAUAUAAUGCUAAUGGAUGGUCUGCCACCCCCUGGCUGCCCGUGCAGAGACUGCAGCAUCAGGAGAGAAGACUCUGCGGCUUAUCACAGCCUGAGGCUGGACCGAAAUGACAGCUUCCACUGGGACAGAGAGGCGGAGCUUCAGCAGAGGGAGGUGGGGCUUAGGAGACCCAGGGAGGCAGAAUUACCCAGAGGGUCAGAGCUCCACUGGGAGAGGGAUCCUGGGCUGAGACGAGGCAGGGAGUUGUCCCUCCACUGGGAGAGAGACAGGGAGGCUGAGCUGCAGUGGGAGAGGGACAGAGAGGCCGAAUAUUGGCACAGGAGAGCCACUGUUGCCUCCUACGGCCCACAGGGUCACGAUCUUCCGGCCUUCACAUUUGACCCCUUGCCAUCAGGUCACCCGGCUUACCCAGAGGCUUCGAGGUCCCACGCUCAUUCCCACCUGGACCUGAAGUACAGCAGCAGCAGCAGCGGUUACCAAACGCCCCGCCAGGUGUGCCCCUGCUCACCUUACCAGCCCUCGCCGUCUGAAAGCAGGGGCUACGCCUCGGGCUACCAGUCAGAGUCCACCUCCCCACUGCCUCCGGCCUCCUCCAUGACCGGGCCCUGUAGCCAUAGCAACGGGCCUGGAGAGCAUAACCAUAACCACCACCAUCACCAUCCAGACUCGCAGCAGUCAUACGGCUCUGACUCACACACUGAUGGCCUUCGGAGCUCUGGUGAAAGUGUGGGCUGGAGGGAUCAUAUUGCCCAUGGUUCCUUCAAGAGGGUCCACAGAGAUGGCCACGCUGCAUGCUCCACGCCGUCUGACAUGUCUGGACCACCCACUCCUGUCCACACCAGCAGCCCUCUGCGCACACAGGAAAGCCCCAGUCCAGGAGGGAGAGAGUACGAGAUCCGGACCACAGACAUCCUCAGCAGUGACUACGAGGCCUCGCAGCCUCAGGAUGGACACUAUCGUGCUGAUCUUAUUGUCCAGGAAUCCCCAGAGAGCCAAAGAAGCAGCACAGAGCCUUCAUCCCUGCCGCAGGUUGCCAAAGAGCCACAGUCACACACGACCACACCUAUACAAACAGAACCCCACAACCACUGCACUGCACCCACAGACCCGCCCCCCACCACUCCCCAACAGCAGCACUGUACAGACACACCAUCAGCUUCAACAACGCAGAACACCUCUUCUUUUGACUCUGCGACACCAACCGCAUCAAACCAGGGACUCUGCCAGGCUCCCUCGUCGCCCGUUCAUACUUCAUCUCCAGAUACACACUCCCAACCUCUCACUCCCCAGACCCCCCAUCCUUCAGAGGCUGCUGCUCUGCCUUCCACUGUGGCACAGGCAGUGUCCCAGCCUCAGAGCCAGACCCUUACUCAAGCCGCCGGACUGACGAGACCGACCCCAGCUCAGGUCGUCGCAUCUUCUCCAACCAGGGAACCUCACCCAGAAGCCCCAAAACCCAUCAUCACCCCUGGCCUCACAUCUCACACCCCAGCUUCAUCAUCACCCCCCCAGCCUGCCUCCAGUAGCAUGGAGGGCUCCCCAGUCUCUGAUGCACCAGUUCCUGGCUUUGCCACUUUGGGUAGGAGGUUGAUGUUGAGUGGGUCCGACCCCCACCAUCCAAACCACAUCCAGCACCACGGGCCCCCACACCACCACUACCCAGGCAUGGAGCACAGCGCUGCCGGACACAAUCCCGCUCUGGACACUCACAAGAGGCCCGGCUACACCGCUCACACUCCUCAGCUCCACCCUUCAUCCUACUCCAACUAUUCCACCAUCUCCAUCCCCCUUCCUCACCCCCAGCCACCUUUGCCAGAGAAGCGCCACCCGCCCGUCCAGUCAGGAUCACCCAGCGAUGGGGUCGGAACUCUCAGGCCAGCUGUGGGCCAAGUGCCUCCCUCCAGCACCGGCCAGCAUCAGCACCACGUCACGUUCUCUCCCACUGUGGGGGAAAUUGCACCACCCGCUGGCCAAAAUGAUGGAGAGGCGUCUGUGGAGACUGAGAAUGCGAAUAGGGUCAGUGUGAAGUUUGUUCAGGACAGUUCAAGGUUCUGGUACAAGCCGGGCAUCUCCAGAGAGCAAGCAAUCGCAGCUCUGAAGGAGAGAGAGCCAGGAACCUUCCUGAUCAGGGACAGUAACUCUUUCCAGGGGGCCUAUGGGCUGGCCCUGAAGGUGGCUACACCUCCUCCCAAUGUCAACAACCACAACAGCAAGGUGACCGACCCUCUGGAACAGCUGGUCAGACACUUCCUGAUAGAAACAGGCCCACGAGGAGUCAAGAUUAAGGGAUGUCAGAAUGAGCCGUACUUUGGGAGUCUCUCUGCAUUAGUCUACCAACACUCCAUCACGCCCAUCUCUUUGCCCUGCACUCUUAAGAUCCCAGAAAAAGAUCUGAUAGGAGAGGUGCCGGAGGUUCAGCCAGUGAGUAACAUCAGCACGGCUGCUGACCUGCUGAAACAAGGAGCAGCCUGUAACGUCCUCUACCUGAACUCCGUGGAAACCGAGUCUCUGACCGGCCCCCAGGCCAUCGCCAAGGCAACAGAUGCGUCCCUGAAUCGUAACCCGCGUCCCGCCGCCACUGUAGUCCAGUUCAAGGUGACAUCGCAGGGCAUCACACUGACCGACAGCCAGCGCAGAGUUUUCUUCAGGAGACAUUACCCAGUGAACAGCGUAACUUUCAGCAGCAUCGACCCCAAAGACCGGAGGUGGACUAACUCAGACAACAGCAGUGUUAAGGUGUUUGGUUUCGUAGCCAAGAAGCCGGGCAGCUUGGCAGAGAACGUUUGCCACCUGUUUGCCGAGUUGGACCCCGAACAACCAGCCUCUGCCAUCGUCAACUUUAUCAACAAGGUCAUGCUGUCGCCGCGCCGAUAGACGGAGACAAACAGAGGAAACCAAACGCAGAGCAGACAAGCAGUGACAUGCAGCAUGUAGUACUGACAUGGCUUUUAUUGUACAGUAAUGACCGAGUGCCAGUGCUUGUGUUUGCUGAAUUUGGGCCAUUUCUCAUUUUUUAGGACAUUUUAAAGGAAAUGAUGGUAUUUCAUUUCGAACAGUGCCCCUUGUCCUAAAGGGUUGGUUGACAAUAUAACACUACAUUUCAAUUUUCUAAUAUAGUGAAGUAUUGUUGGAUGAAAAAACACAGUGUUCAAAUAAAGCCAUGAUG